CUUGGAGGCGGCGCUGAGAUGAGUCGGCCGUCGCCGUUACCGAGCUGAGCGCGCCGAAGCUGCGAUUUCAGGUGUUGUCGUUCUCACUGCUGGGCUACUCUUCUGUCCUUUGCUUGGAAUGCUUUCUGGAGUAAAUAACACCUGCUUAGACUUAUGUUGACCAUGAGUCUUGUCAUGAUAAGUGAGAAUGUGAAGCUGGCCCGUGAAUAUGCCUUGCUGGGGAAUUAUGAUUCUGCAAUGGUCUACUACCAAGGAGUACUUGACCAAAUGAACAAAUACCUCUCUUCUGUCAAAGAUGCUUAUCUUCAGCAGAAAUGGCAACAGGUUAGACAGGAGAUAAGUGUAGAAGCUAAGCAUGUGAAGGAUAUCAUGAAAACACUAGAAAGCUUUAAAUUAGACAGCACUCCUUUGAAAGCUGCACAACAAGAAUUACCAGCUCAUGAUGGAGAAGUCUGGUCACUGCCCGUACCUGCUGAACGUAGAUCUUCACCAGGACCCAGGAAACGUCAGUCUGCUCAGUGCAGUGAUUGCAAGGGCCAAAAUAACCGACCAAGUGCAGCAGCUAGAGUUCCUCACCGUCCCUCCUCCAGAAACACUAAUGAUAAAGGCAAAGUAGUCCGUGGCCGGGAAAAGAAGGAUCCACAAAAUAAGGGAAAAGAGGAAAAAAAUAAGUCCUCACCUGACAUUCCAGAACCUGAGCCAAAGAGAUUUGAUAGUACUGGGUACGAUAAAGACUUAGUAGAAGCUUUGGAAAGAGACAUAAUUUCCCAAAAUCCCAAUGUUCGAUGGGAUGAUAUAGCUGACUUGGUGGAUGCUAAAAAGUUACUCAAAGAAGCAGUAGUUUUACCCAUGUGGAUGCCAGAAUUCUUUAAGGGGAUUAGAAGGCCCUGGAAGGGUGUGCUUAUGGUUGGUCCUCCUGGCACUGGAAAAACGCUCCUUGCAAAAGCUGUAGCUACUGAAUGCAAGACAACCUUUUUCAACAUAUCCUCAUCAACACUCACUUCAAAAUACAGGGGAGAAUCUGAAAAACUUGUUCGUCUAUUAUUUGAAAUGGCUCGAUUCUAUGCACCAACAACAAUAUUUAUAGAUGAGAUAGACUCUAUCUGUAGUCGCCGAGGAACGUCGGAGGAGCAUGAAGCGAGUCGAAGGGUGAAGUCAGAAUUACUUGUUCAGAUGGAUGGUGUUGGGGGUGCUUCUGAAAAUGAUGAUCCUUCCAAAAUGGUUAUGGUAUUGGCUGCUACUAAUUUUCCAUGGGAUAUUGAUGAAGCCUUACGACGUCGGUUGGAGAAGAGAAUUUAUAUUCCUUUACCAUCAGCUAAAGGCAGAGAAGAACUUCUAAGAAUAAACCUACGAGAGUUGGAGCUUGCUGACGAUGUUGACCUUGCCACUAUAGCAAAGAAUAUGGAAGGUUAUUCUGGGGCUGACAUCACUAAUGUGUGCAGGGAUGCCUCACUGAUGGCUAUGAGAAGGCGAAUUGAAGGCUUGACUCCAGAAGAAAUCAGAAAUCUUUCCAGAGAUGAAAUGCACAUGCCAACAACAAUGGAAGAUUUUGAAAUGGCUUUAAAGAAGGUUUCAAAGUCGGUCUCUGCUUCGGACAUUGAGAAAUAUGAGAAAUGGAUAUUCGAAUUCGGAUCAUGCUAAGCCUUCCUAGCUUGAGAAAUCUGCCUUAAGUCUUCAAACAAUUCCAGAAGUAAUUAAAAAGUAGUGCUCCAAGGCACUGAGUACUAUUUUUUUUUAACUUUUGUAAUCACACAUAACAGCAGUACACAUAAUAAUAAAGUUAGUUUUUUAAACUGCA